CUGCGUACACUGCGUCCAUAGCUAAAGAGAAUGAAGUCCAUGGCAAGCACAACGUUAAUGCCGUUCCUUUACCCUUGUUUAUUCCACGGCCCAUCGAAAAAUACUGCGGCCGCUGUCUUGAAAGCCCGAAAAGCUUUCCGUCCUUUGCUGAAACAAAAGCAGUUCAUCAGAAGUUCUUCUUUUUCGCCGGAUUCCCACAUACACGAAAAUCCGAUAGCAUCAGACCGUCUUAAUCCCUCGCCGUCCGAUUAUGGCCGGUUUAUCUUUCAGGAUCGAUGCACCCUCAGGCUUCACACUGGCUCUGGCGGGAAUGGAUGCGUCUCGUUUCUCCGGGAGAAAUAUAUCUCGGAAGGGCCCGCCAACGGUGGAGAUGGAGGAACUGGAGGAAGUAUAUACAUUCAAGCCAUUGACGGACAUACUAGUCUUCACAAGCUUGCAAGAAGGGGAGUAAUAAGGGCUGGCCGUGGACGAAAUGGGAAAGGGAAGCUUCAAGGAGGGCAGCGUGGAAAUGACGUGCUUCUACAGGUUCCUGUUGGGACCGUCGUCCGCGAAAUUGGACGCCACGACCCAGUGGCAGAAAAAGAGUUCGAAUUACGCCUGCUCAAGGGACGAAUGCGAGAGGAAGACGCAUUGCGUGUUGCAUCUUCGAAACGGGAACAGUGGAUCCUUUAUCCAGGUGCAAAGGCAUCUGAUUACUUGACGAUGGAAUUUCCAAUCUUACCCCCUCCACGGCGGCCGAGCAUUGCGGCAAUGGAGCCGCCAGCGCCCAUAAAUCUUGAUCUUUCCCAACACAUGGAUAAACCAAUGUUGCUGGUAGCCGGCGCAGUCGGUGGUCGUGGGAAUCCUCAUUUUGUUUCAAAGGAAAACCCGCGACCGGCAUUCGCCACAAAGGGUGAAGGUGGGAUGGCGGUUGAACUGGAGCUGGAGCUAAAGCUACUUGCUGAUGUUGGCCUGGUCGGCUUGCCGAAUGCUGGGAAGAGCACUCUGCUUCGAUCGAUCACCAAUAGUCGCGCGAGGAUAGGGAAUUGGGCUUUUACUACUCUGUCGCCGAAUAUUGGAACCGUUGUCCUGGAUGAUCUUACGGGACGUCCGCUCACCCACUCCAAACCGGGAGGCAAACAGCGUUCUCGGUUUACCAUUGCUGAUAUACCCGGGUUGGUUGAAAACGCUCAUCUUGAUAAAGGCCUGGGUCUCGGCUUCCUCCGACACAUUGAACGCGCAGGAAUCAUUGCGUUUGUGGUAGACUUGAGCGCUGGUGAUGCCGUAAAAGCACUCAAGGGUUUAUGGCGGGAGCUCGAUGAAUAUCAGCUUCUUCGAGAAAAACAGCUGAACAUGCAUACGGAAACCAGGUACCGAAAUCUCGGGAACGAACCACGAAUUAUUGAUGCAUACUCGGAUGACUUUGAAACAGAUUUCCCAUCUUUUCUCCAAAUACACCGAAGGGAUCUCCCGGAGCUUGAGUUUCAACCCGUUUAUACAAAGCCCUGGUUCGUUGUCGGCACGAAAGCUGACCUACCGAAAACCCAGGAAAAUUUCUCUGCUCUUCGCACUUACCUCUCUGAUGUUGAGAAAGGUGUAGUUGACCACCCUUCUCGUCGACAAAACGCGUGGCGAAAACGUAUAUAUUCUAUUCCCGUGAGCGCUAUAAAUGCUGGAGGUGUGACUGCUAUUCCGCACACUGUCGUUCGAUUGCUAGAUGAGAAUUAA